AUGCGUCCUUCUUGUUCCAGAUCAGUUGACUAUGUCAUAGGAAAUAAAUCUAAUGAACGCCGCUUACCACAUUAUUUCGUUGAAUUGACAGAGAGACAUCUAGGUGUCUUUGAAGUCCUCAAUUCCAUGUGCUUGUUAGAUAACUACGACCAUAUUUUAUUCUUCUUGGAAUGUCAAAUGGUGAAUACAAAGACAUUACCAAUUCCUCCAUAUGAUAUAUGUUUAGUGUUAUUGACUCUCGCAACUACUUCUAAUUAUUAUAAGGCAGACAUUUUGCAAGCCAGUGAUGCCUACAAUUUCACAAGACAAAGUUUAGAUCAAAGAGCUCUUAAGAUAUUAAGAUUUUAUAUCAGGAUACUACUCGAAUUCGAUACAUCUAAAUAUGAACAAUACGACUUGGAGUUCCUUAGGUGUCAGUUUUUCCUUGUCAUUGAUACACUUUCACCGAAGAGAGCAUAUAGAAAUAUCGACCGUUUUAAGCGUCGUAAAGUGGAGAAUUCCAAACUUAUAUAUGGUGAAAGUAUCUCCAUUAAUGAAGAUGAAUUAAAAGACUUACAAAAUCCAUACAGAUCAUACUUAAGUUCUUUAGAAAGGAAAAAAUCUGUCCUCGGUAAUACGUUAAUAAAUUGGAAGUUGACUCAACCAGGUGAAUUCAUCAAUAUGAUUCUUUGGACUCUAUCAAAUUCAUUACAAGACGAUCCAGCUUUGUAUUUGUCAAGCCACGAUGUAUGGAUGCCAAUUUUGGAUAUUAUCCUUGAAUUAUUUAAUCUAAGACAAAAAUAUUUCCUAAAGAAUGAAAUUGGUAAAGGUAUAAGUGCUGAUCUGUGUGUCCAACGACUUUCAGAAAGUCCAUUGUCGAGAUUUUUCCAAUCUGUCGACUCAAUUCAUUUUACAUCUAGAUUUUGUGAUUACAUGUUCAUUAAUUGUGAUUAUUCAUUGAAGGGGAGCGAUAAUAGUUCUACUUCAAUUCAUCCUGUUUAUCAUGGUGAAAAUCAACUGUCCAAAUUGUAUGUUCCACGAACCAAAUAUACUAAAGUUUAUAAAGCAAGAAAAUCAUUUCAACUAAGGCGAAAAAUCAUUGGUUCGUGUUUUAAAUUGUUGAUCCAUGUGCCAGAUAAACAUAAAUUAAUUUCUCCUAGAGGAAUGUCAUCCAAUGAUAUAGUUGACGGAAUAUCGAGGACAUUGGCUACUUUUCAAAAUAUCGAACAAUUUAGAUCAUUUUUCCUAAGUGAUAGUUUGUCACAGGAGGUAUUUUUCAUUCCAUUAUUAGCUGAGGGAACUUUGGCUGAGAUAAUUGAAAACCAUAGACAGCAUCAAGAAGAAGGACCGAAGACAUCAAUUAAAGUAGUGAAGUACCUGGGCGAUACAGAGCAAUUUUUGUUGGAGUUCAUCUCGCUAUUUGAAAAGGGAUUUAUGGUGCCUUACUGUGAUAAAAAAAUUACUGAGAAGGUUAUUCUUGAGAUUAAAAAAGGUGAUAUUUGUGUACUGGUUUUAUUUAGAUAUCUUUUGCACCUAAUCCCAUCUAAAAAAUUGAAGUGUGUAAAAAGUUUCAACCAUUUUAUUGAAGUUCUUAAAUGGAACGAUUCAAAGAGACUUGAUGUUGCAAAUACUCAAGACUCACCAUUGGAUAUACCGACAUUGUAUCUAACUAUUUCGAAAAUGUUAGAAAUAUGA